AUGGCAGCAAAAUACUCCGACCGUGCUUAUUUACGGCCGCAGGGCUUUGAGCGGUCUGCUCAUAUUGGCGCUGACUGGCGAUCUGGUACAAAGGCCAUGGUCAUCAAGUCUGUCCCGAUGGACGAUGCGAACAUAAUUGUGUUCGCCAUUCGCGGUACAUCUGACUUCAUGGACUGGGCUGUCAACUUGAACAUGGCACCGGCAUCCCCGGCCGGGUUUCUGGACGACCCGGGGAAUCUUUGCCAUGCCGGGUUCCUUUCAGUGGCUCGGAAGAUGAUCCGUCCAGUUGCUGCACGGCUCCGUCGACUUCUGGAAGAGGACCCUAGCCGUACCUCCUACUCUCUGCUCAUGACGGGCCAUUCAGCUGGGGGUGCUGUGGCCUCACUACUCUAUGCACAUAUGGUGGCAUCUUCGACAUAUGCGGCAUCUGAGCUUAACUUACUCACAGGCUGCUUUCGCCGAAUCCACUGCAUCACUUUUGGUGCACCGUUGGUCUCGCUCCAUCCAUUACAAAAACCAGGAAGACAAGAACUCGCUAAGAGCUUAUUUUUCAGUUUUGUUAAUGAAGGUGACCCCGUCGUCCGAGCCGAUAGGGGCCACGGAAGGCACGGCGGUGAUGGUGGCUACGGGCCCGCUCGGCUGAAAGCAUUCUGGAAGGCCCCACCUUCGACAUUAAGCAAUGCUGGCCGCAUGGUUGUUCUGCGAUCUGGGAACCCGCGGUGGAGGCCCAGUGGGAAGGACACCGUGCAGGAAAGGUUGGGGCAAGGUGUUGUCGCACAGUUUACGUCGGAUGAACAGCUGCGUAGUGUGGUAUGGGGCGAUCCUCUGUGCCAUGCUAUGAAGCUAUAUGCUGGCCGCAUCGAGGUCCUUGCUGCCGCGUCUAUGAUGGCAGGGGCGUGA